CAUGGCGAACUGACAAGCUGCAGGCAAUGGCAGCCGCUCUGCUGCUGCUGCUGGGGUGCGCGUGCCUGACGCACGAAGCGGCCAGCCAGCGCGUCCCAGACCCCAAUGACCUCCUCAUGAACGACCUCCUCCCUUACGCUGUAACCAAGCGAGACUUGGAAUCUAAUCAGUUCGUGCCAGCCUACCGACGUCUCGGUGAACCUUCAUGUGAGGAAUUAAGGGCAAUGUGGCGUUUAGGCAAAAGGGAAGCUCGCCGCGCGACUUCCACGAACCAUCUGCCACGCGCUCUGCCCUACCGCUAUGGCAGGAUCAGGGCCUUUGCCCCUCCCGCAACCUACGGCCUACGGGCUCAUAGUUUCGGGGCUAUGAAGUUCGAUGACCGUCAUCGUCAUGGGUACAGACUCCCCCAAACUGGGGCUUUCAACAACCUUAGGUCCAUGGUUGGUGGUCGACGGAUCGGAGCCAUGAGCGAACUACGCGACGCGGUCGCCAAGGAGAGAACCGCGGCACCCGAGGAUACGCCGCGUGGGCAGUACGACAACUUGAGAGGCAUCCUAAUGAAGGAGUACGACGAGGCCCAACAACAGCAACAACAGCAGCCGGUGGCUUUGAGUUUGCGUGCACGGGAUGAUGGAUCUCAGAUAUCCAGUCGUAGGGAUCCCUUGAUGCCCCUGAGGGAGCCGCGGUACCAAGAGAAAGGAUUCACAGGAUUGCUUUUGGCCGGUGACCCCAGGCUGUCCGCGGAAGGGAACAACCGGCAACUGUGGACUCCGUCGCUGGACACAAUUCCGUACGAUGCUAGGGACUGCGCGUUGGUGCGCAUGCGCGGCUGCCACAGCGACAGCGAGUGCGCCUGCGCGGGCCAGUUCCUGUGCUCCGACUUCCGCUGCGUAGUCCUGCCGCAGGGUUCAGUUGACCAGUUCGGCAUUUGGUACCAUGGAGCGCUGCCCCCUGCACUGCUGAGAGACUGGCCUGUGCCGCCUGAGGGACUCGACUGAACUUACUGAUAAGUCCACCUUCUACUGAACCGGUCGCCCCCUUUACUGAAUUCUACCUUCUACUGAACCGGUCGCCCUCUUUACUGAACUCUACUCUCUGCUGAACCGGUCGCCUCCUUUACUGAAUUCUACCUUCUACUGAAUUAGUCACUCCUCUCUACUGAAAAUUAGACGUUUUAUUCCAUGUCAAAAGUGAACAUUUGCCUAUUAAUAACAUUAUUUAUAUGCAACAGUUGAAAUAUGGUAAUAACCAGCCAAUUGGGCACAACCUAGGUCAUAGUAUGAGAACUUUGUAAACUGGACACCAAGAAGGAACAUUGUAUGACUCAAACAUUUUCCUCAAAAUAUUAUUCAUAUUUAACUUAUGUUGGCCAGAUAAUAAAGAUGAAACCCCAACAUUGUUGUGUUCAAAAAGUUGCGUACAACAUGCAAGUGCUCGUCAUACAUUACGUGUAUGGUGACCGUAUACAUGCAUGCUUCGUUGGGCUCAACUACAUUCUAAUGUAUUCAGUUUUUGCUGCAUUAAUUAUUCUGCUGCAUUCAGUAUUCUACUGUAUCUAGUAUCCUACUUUAUUCAGUAUUAUACUGUAUUCAGGAUUAUUCUGCAUCCAGUAUCCUACAGUGUUUAGUAUCCUAAAGAAGCGCAUUUAAUAUGGCACUUAAAAAUGUUAUCGUUCAGCGACAUGAAAGUUUUCCUGAUAAAAUUAAAUUUUAGCUUUUAGAUUGAAAAUUUUUGGCCGCAAUCUUUAUUUCCAUUUGCGUGCGGCAAAAAUAGAAUCACUUCAUCUCUUGAGAGUAUUUUUAUUACUGUUAAUCUAUAUUUA